GAGUUGGGUGCGCGCGGAGCGGUUGAAGCGACUGGGUGAGAUGGUGGCGUCGUACGCGGGCAGUGACGACGUCGAGAACAACGAGCCGUCCACGCCGGAGCAGGAUAAGGAGGUUGCCGGCGUCGCGGGUACCACCGGUUCCAGGGGCGAGGAGCGGGUGCGGAACAGGGCUCACGAGUACCACCACGCCAGCGAGGACCUCUUGGAGUCUGCGCUUCGCCUGUUCGGGCAGCUCAUCGAGCACCUACCGGACGCGAGGGACGUCGUGAGCCACGAGACAAUGAAGGCUCUCAUGGACAUUCACGAGUCGGACCGGUUCUCUCGCGAGCAGCGCAGCCUCGCGGAGCAGACCAUGCAGCUGAUGGGAUGCCCGACACCUGGGUCCAGCGACGAUCACGCGCCGGGUGACCUCUUCGCCGAACACAACGAAGGAUCCCGCGAGCCGUUCAUGGACGAUGAUAAGACGGUCGCGUGGACUGCGCCGAUGUCCCACGCGACGCCCUCGAAGCGAAGCCGCGAGAUUUUCGAGUACCGCGAGAGUUCCAAGUCGGAGGGGUUGCUCGACGCUUGCCUCGACGACCUUCCUCGAGCGACGCCUUUUUGACGAAAAAGUGGCGCGACCCGACGAGCUGGUACGACGUCAACGUCGUUUCCGUCGCCGCAGCGAACGCGACGGUAGCGACGCACACGCAAGUUCGCACAAGUCACAUAUAGGUGUUCAUAGGUGUUCAUAGGUGUUCAUAGGUGCAUGAUAGAAGUAGGAUGUUGUACAACAAGAAAGCCAAUGCG